CGCCCUCCCAGUGCUCGGUGGUUUAAAGAUGGCGGCGGCGGCGGCGUUGGGGGCGCGGAGCCGCGGGAGGAGGAGGGAAGAGGAGGAUCUGUGAGUCGCCGAGAGGCAGCGCGGCGGCUGCUGUGUGGAGUGCGGGCGCGGAGCCGCCGGCGGCCCGGCUUCUCAGGGCCGGGGCCUGGACUGGCAAGGAGGCCGGAGCAGCCCCAGGAGCCCGAGGCCGGAGCGGAGGAGGAAUGUGACCGGGGGUCGGCGCGGGCGCGGGCGUACGCGAGCGCAGGGAUGGGGCAGCAGGUGGGCCGCGUCGGGGAGGCUCCGGGGCUUCAGCAGCCGCAGCCCCGAGGGAUCCGGGGCAGCAGUGCAGCCAGGCCCUCCGGCCGCAGGCGGGACCUGGCGGGGCGCACCACGGAGGCCGGCUUCAAUAUCUUCACCCAGCAUGAUCACUUUGCCAGCUGUGUGGAGGAUGGAUUUGAGGGAGACAAGACUGGAGGCAGUAGUCCAGAAGCCUUGCACCGCCCCUACGGGUGCGACGUGGAGCCCCAGGCGCUGCACGAGGCCAUCAGGUGGAGCUCCAAGGAGAACUUGCUGGGAGCCACUGAGAGCGACCCUAACCUCUUUGUUGCACUUUAUGACUUUGUAGCAAGUGGUGACAACACACUCAGCAUCACUAAAGGCGAAAAGCUCCGGGUCCUUGGUUACAACCAGAAUGGGGAGUGGAGUGAAGUGCGCUCUAAGAACGGCCAGGGCUGGGUGCCAAGCAACUACAUCACCCCGGUGAACAGCCUGGAGAAGCACUCCUGGUACCACGGGCCGGUGUCGCGCAGCGCCGCCGAGUACCUGCUCAGCAGCUUGAUCAACGGCAGCUUCCUGGUGCGGGAGAGCGAGAGCAGCCCCGGGCAGCUGUCCAUCUCGCUCAGGUACGAGGGGCGCGUGUACCACUACAGGAUCAACACCACCGCAGACGGCAAGGUGUACGUGACCACCGAGAGCCGCUUCAGCACCUUGGCCGAGCUGGUCCACCAUCACUCCACAGUGGCUGAUGGGCUGGUGACGACAUUGCACUACCCCGCACCCAAGUGUAACAAGCCUACGGUUUACGGCGUGUCCCCCAUCCAUGACAAAUGGGAGAUGGAGCGAACAGAUAUCACCAUGAAGCACAAACUUGGGGGUGGUCAGUAUGGAGAGGUUUACGUCGGCGUCUGGAAGAAAUACAGCUUGACAGUUGCCGUGAAAACAUUGAAGGAAGAUACCAUGGAGGUGGAGGAGUUCCUGAAGGAAGCUGCAGUGAUGAAGGAAAUCAAGCAUCCUAAUCUGGUGCAACUAUUAGGUGUGUGCACUCUGGAGCCUCCGUUUUACAUCGUCACGGAGUACAUGCCGUAUGGGAACCUGCUGGAUUACCUCCGGGAGUGCAGCCGAGAGGAGGUGACGGCCGUCGUGCUGCUCUACAUGGCCACGCAGAUCUCUUCCGCCAUGGAGUACUUGGAGAAGAAGAACUUCAUCCACAGAGAUCUUGCCGCUCGGAACUGCCUAGUGGGGGAGAACCACGUGGUCAAAGUGGCUGACUUCGGCCUGAGUCGACUGAUGACUGGAGACACCUACACCGCUCACGCUGGAGCCAAGUUCCCUAUUAAAUGGACAGCCCCGGAGAGCCUUGCCUACAAUACCUUCUCCAUCAAAUCUGACGUCUGGGCCUUUGGGGUGCUGUUGUGGGAAAUCGCUACAUACGGAAUGUCACCGUACCCAGGCAUUGACCUGUCUCAGGUCUACGAUCUGCUGGAAAAGGGGUACCGAAUGGAGCAGCCUGAAGGAUGCCCCCCCAAGGUUUACGAACUUAUGAGAGCAUGCUGGAAAUGGAGCCCCGCCGACAGGCCCUCGUUCGCGGAAACACAUCAGGCUUUUGAAACCAUGUUCCACGACUCCAGCAUCUCUGAAGAGGUGGCCGAGGAGCUGGGGAGGGCCGCGGCCGCCUCAUCUGUCGUGCCCUACCUGCCCCGAUUGCCCAUACUUCCUUCCAAGACCCGGACGCUGAAGAAGCAGGCGGAGAACAAGGAGAAUAUCGAGGGGGCCCAAGAUGCCACGGACAAUUCUGCUUCCAGUUCAGCACCAGGGUUCAUUAGAAGUGCACAGGCCCCCAGUGGGUCCCCGGCACUGCCUCGAAAACAGAGAGACAAGUCACCCAGCAGCCUCUUGGAAGAUGCCAAAGAGACAUGCUUCACCAGGGAUAGGAAGGGAGGCUUCUUCAGCUCCUUCAUGAAAAAGAAAAAUGCCCCCACACCCCCCAAACGCAGCAGCUCCUUCCGAGAAAUGGAGAAUCAGCCCCACAAGAAAUAUGAACUCACGGGUAACUUCUCAUCUGUUGCUUCUCUACAGCAUGCUGAUGGGCUCUCUUUCACUGCUGCCCAGCAAGAGGCGAAUCUGGCGCCCUCCAAGUGCUAUGGGGGGAGCUUUGCGCAGAGGAACCUCUGUAAUGACGACGGUGGCGGGGGUGGGGGCAGCGGCACCGCAGGGGGCGGGUGGUCUGGCAUCACAGGCUUCUUUACACCACGCUUAAUCAAAAAGACGCUGGGCUUACGAGCAGGUAAACCCACAGCCAGUGAUGAUGCUUCCAAGCCUUUUCCAAGGUCAAACUCUACAUCUUCCAUGUCCUCAGGGCUUCCAGAGCAGGAUAGGAUGGCAAUGACCCUUCCCAGGAACUGCCAGAGGUCCAAACUCCAGCUGGAAAGGACAGUGUCCGCCUCUUCUCAGCCAGAAGAGAAUGUGGACAGGGCCAGUGACACGCUUCCCAAAAAAUCAGAGGAAGGUGCCGCUCCAACCAGGGAGAGACCAAAAGCCAAACUUUUGCCCAGAGGAGCCGCAGCUCUUCCUCUCAGAACCCCCUCUGGGGACCCAGCCAUCACAGAGAAGGACUCCCCAGGGGUGGGGGUGGCUGGAGUGGCAGCUGCCCCCAAGAGCAAGGAGAGGAAUGGUGGGGCGCGACUUGGCAUGGCUGGAGUCCCAGAGGACGGCGAGCAGGCAGGCUGGUCCCCGGCCAAGGCCGCGGCCGCGCUCCCGACCACGCACAACCACAAAGUGCCCGUCCUUAUCUCCCCCACUCUGAAGCACACCCCCGCCGACGUGCAGCUCAUUGGCACAGACUCUCAGGGGAAUAAAUUCAAGCUCUUGUCUGAGCAUCAGGUCACAUCCUCUGGAGACAAAGACCGACCCCGACGGGUAAAACCAAAGUGUGCCCCUCCCCCGCCCCCCGUCAUGAGACUACUGCCGCACCCGUCCGCGUGCUCGGACGCCGCGGAGGAGCCGGCCGCACAGCCCGCGCCCGAAGCACAGGAGGGGGGGAAGAAGGCAGCUCCGGGGGCAGUGCCCGUCGGCGGGAAACCCGGGAGGCCUGCGGUGCCUCCCCCUCAAGUGCCUCUGCCCGCAUCCUCCAUCUCGCCAGCCAAAAUGGCCAACGGCACGGCAGGUACGAAAGUGGCUCUGAGGAAAACCAAACAGGCAGCCGAGAAAAUCUCAGCGGACAAGAUCAGCAAGGAGGCCCUGCUGGAGUGUGCGGACCUACUGUCCAGCGCGAUCUCGGAACCGGUGCCCAACAGCCAGCUGGUGGACACCGGCCACCAGCUGCUCGACUACUGCUCAGGCUACGUGGACUGCAUCCCGCAGACGCGCAACAAGUUCGCCUUCCGGGAGGCCGUGAGCAAGCUGGAGCUCAGCCUGCAGGAGCUGCAGGUGUCCUCGGCCGCCGCCGCCGGGCCCGGGGCCAACCCGGUCCUCAAUAACUUACUGUCGUGUGUGCAGGAGAUCAGCGACGUGGUGCAGAGGUAGCCACUGUCGGCCUCGCGGGCAGGCGCGCACGAUUCCGGGGCGGGGGAGGGGCUUGUUUUCCUGUGUUCCUGUUUUCGAGAAAUGAAAGACUGAUGCUUGAGCGUGUCCAUGUGGAGUACCUCAGCUCUCUGAGAUCUCACGUUUACAGGUUCAUCUCACAAAGAACGGAAGGCAGAGGUCCUAGGAGAGGGAAAGCGGACAGGCCGGGCGGUCGUGGUCGGGGCGGAAGCUGCGCCGGGGCGUCAGGGAGCGGGCGUGCGUGGUGCCGUGAAGGACGUGGUGCGGAGAAGGACCCGGUGCAGCCGUUCUGGCCGGGACUGGUGCGAGGUGGUCGGGCGGGGCCGCCCCCAGCAGUGCCGCGGCCGGGCACAGGACGGGGCUGACGGAGGGCUGGGAGGGCUGCAGCGGCCACCACUGGUGGUGACGCUCCGCCUCACCCGGCAGGUUUGGGGGGCCAGAGAAAGGGAAGCCGUGAAGGUACCGAAUGAUGUUUCUUUUCGUUCGAGGCUUUCGGAAGCAGUGUCAGCCUUACUUCCACAAGGUCCUGCGGCAGCAGGAGCUGCAGAUCGGAGCGCCAGAGCUACAGAGCCGGCCCUGUCUGCAUGCUGCUGACCUGUUUUCAUGGGCGUGUGAACUGGUGCAGGAGGGAAGGAAUGCCAGGGUUUCAGAGCCCCCUCCUAAACCCUCAUGUUGACCAACAAGCCAUUUCCCCCAGUCUAGUCUGUUACUCCCGAGUGGGCCGGGUCGGGCUUCCUGCUGGCUGAUGCCGGACUGGGUGCGUGCAGCGGGGGUCUCUGCAGUGGUCCUUCCCUGCCCCCUGCUGGGCAGGCCGUCUUCCUUCAGUCCUGGCCACAGGCAGGCGUUGGCCCUCGUUGACUUGGAAGUUAGUGGUCAUGGGCAGGUCCUCACAGGGGAGUCCUUUCCUGGUGCGGUGCCCUGCCUGCUGGUGUGCUAGUCAGGGCCUCGGGCAGCUGUUUAUUUCUUCGUCACCGAAAAUACCCAGCAAAGGGGCUCCCCUCGAAAGCCCACGGCCAGGCCCAGGGGUGUGUGACUGAGCAGGGAAGCUGGUUUGGUCCCGAUGGCUGUUUCCCUGUACCUUUCCCCCCCCCCCGCCCGCACCUUAGACCCAAACCAGGUGGGAAGUACAGAGAAGCACACUCCCUCUCUCUGGGUUUCUGAUGGAUCACCCCAAGUUACUCUCACGUGCUUUUCUCCUUGCACAUGCCCCCCAUCUUUGUGCUUGUGUGUAAAGAUCACAUUGGGAAUAGUCUUUGAUGUUUAUUUUAAUAUCAUUUUAAGAAUGUUUAAUCGAAGGAGCACAUCAUUUCCAGGGAACACCAAUUAGAUCCUGGAAACCUAAUGACUUAACCCUCAAAUGUGUUUUGCCUCUGAAAGAUAGUCCUGUUUCUUCCCUACUCAUUUAGAAUGAUGGAAGUUAAUUAGGAUCACAGGGAGCUGAAUCUAAUUGGUUAGAUAUUAUUAAUAUUCUCAGUAUCAGGUCUAAUCCCAGUUACCACUUAGUUCUGUUUUUAAAGCUUUAUGACCCCUCCCCCAAGGAGAACCCAAUACAAAAAAAAUAAACACAUUUUUUCCUUCCAAAGGAAAAUCAGGAAGAUAGGAAUUCAGCCCUGAUGGGCAGCGAAUUGUCUUCCUGCCUCAGUCACUGAUCCGCCGUCGAGCCACCGCCCCAUCUGUAAGUCCGUUGAGUGAAGGCAGUGACACAAGUCCUCCCGGUGCUUUACACACAAGGGGAGGCCCGGCCGCUGAGGGCGUCCCCGGGAAGCUCUUCAGUGCGGGGCUGUUACGGCGAAGGGCUUUUCAUUCUCUUCUUUGCUCAGUAGCAAAUCAUGCAAUUUCAAACUGUUAAGAUUAUAUUAAUUGGGCUAUAAUACUAAAAGGGAAAAACUAUGUUUUGGAUAGAGUUGGGCCUCUUCGACCAAGGAGGGAAUUUAGUUUUCAUCUGAAAGAGGGAGCCUUGAUUCUUGCCACGGCAGCUCGAAAGGAGGCCCAGGCCUAGGGGAGGGUGGGAGGGAGGAGGCUGUGCCAGGCGCUCCCUGCCGGUCCAGGUCCCAGUCCGCGGUCUGGUCUCUGUUUGCGGAGGAUGCAGCACAGGCGGCCGGUGAUGUGCGGGUCAGUCUCCUUGUCGUGGCCGCGGCCGGAAGGGGGACUCGAGUUCCCGUCAGCGUGGCCGUAAAAGCCAGCGGUCCCCUCCCGUCUCCUCAGCUGCUCCCGUUCGUCAUGUACUUCCAUAAACUUGAAAGCGUUUUAGCCAUUAGCCUUCUAAGGGUGGGGCAGGGAAAGCUAAAACUUUAGAAUAUUUUAUGCUGCUUUUUAAGUUUAUCCCUGACAUUGUGGGAUGCAAGGUGAGGGAUUAUAAUUGUUUUUCAGGGGAUUACUUUUUUCCCUAAGCAAGGGAUCUUUUCUUGAGAGCUCUGAAAAUAAGCCUUGGAGGAUCACUACUGAGUGUAUUUAUGCUCCCGGUUUCUUCAUGCCGAAGAAUGGUCUGGAGGGUAGGGGCUGUGUCUUACUCAGGGGCGGCACCGGGCUCUGUCUUGCCUACAGUAGGUGCUCAAUAAGUUAAUGGAUUGAGUUUUCGCAGCACUGUCCACAGUAGCAUUGACUUUCACAGCGCCCCCCACCCCCGUCCACGCGAUGCUUGAACUGUGGAACUUCAGGACUUGAGGGCUCAGGGGGAAGGUUAGAGAGGCACUGUCAACUUAGGCAAGUAUAAUUUGCCGGUAGGUUUUCUCCUUUUUCUACUUGAAAAGGACCAGAUUUAAAAACAACAACAACAACAAACCUUAUGUAAGUUUAAAAGUUUGAAUUCAAAGCAAAAACUGCUUCUAGAAACUAAAAAUGUAGUUUAAUUCACUGUGGUUUAAAAGCAAAACAGAGAGCAGGAGCCAAAACACUUCUGUGAAAUGUUGAGACUGUAAAGUUUCUCACACACCCCCACCCCUUUGGCUACCACAGCGUGAACCCUUUUGUGUACAGAUAAUACAAUUUGUUUAGAUUUCUUACCUUAAAAUGCAGUGUUUUGUGUGGCAUAAUAAAUCUUCGUUAUACUUUACAUGAAGUAUUUUCUUAAAAGGCCUUGUGUAAAAAUCAAAUGUGUAUAUUUUCCUACACACUUCCAUCGUGAUUUUCAGAGAUGAUAAUAGCCUUAAAAAAAAUUGGCCCUAAGGGAAGUCUGUUGUUGUUUUUUUCCAGAUGACUUCUGUACAUUGAGGUCUUUAUUGGAUCCCCUUACCCAGCUGUAUUUUGGGGUUUAAAUUAGAAUUUUCUUAUAAUUCAGUUGAAAGUUGGCCAAUAAAAUAGUGCCCAGUUAAUAAAAUACGAUGACUGCUAAAGCAUAGCCCAUAUUUAUUUAACUAAGGUCAUGGAGCUUUUGAGUUGAAGAUGCAGUGUAGAUAGUGAUGAAGAGUUUGGACUCCACAGCCAGCCUAGAAGGCAAGUCAUUUCCCCUUCCUGAGCCUUAGUUUCCUCGUUGGAGAACAGGGAUGAUAAUAGUAACUACCUCGGGGUUGUCUUAAGGAUUUAAUGAUAAUGUAUAUAAGAUGCUUAGCCUGAGUGCCUGACACAUAAUGAGCACUCCGUGUCAACUACUACUAUAAUUAUUGAUAAACUUAGUCCAGUGAGUCUUAGCCAGGAAUGUGCAGCAGAAUCCCCUGUGGUUAGACAGGCAAGCAACAGAAAUAACCUGAUGCAUCCAUCGGUCAGAAUCCCCAGUGGGGUGACAUCUCGGCCACUGUUUUCCAAGCAUCCCUCCCGGCUCCCAGCGCCCAGCACUGUCUGAACACUGUUAACACCCCACCCUUCACAGCUUCAGAAACGGGAAGAGUGGGCGGUUAAGUCACUGGCCCAUUAUCUCAGCAGUUCCUGAGUGGCAGAGCCCCGGCUAGAGUGGGGGCGUCUCCGUCGUUCCCGCUGCCUUGAGAGGCCCUGCUGAAACGUGGCUCAGACUGACAAUCAGUCCACACGGUGCCGUGCGCGUGCUUUCCAGAGCGCGCUCGGGGUGCCGUCGGACCCGAGGGGCUGGCGAGCGGGGCAGUGGCGGCGCCCGCAGAGCGGGCAUCCCCCCUCCCGCCCCAGCUCGGUAACUGAGAACUUCGCGUGGCUCGCCCUUCGGGACAUGCCCGGCAGCCCGCACUGUGUGACAGAGGAACGUCAGCUUCCGUUUUAACGAAUCUAGUGCUACAUUCCUUUCUCUUAAAAACUUUACUCUGUGCCAUUGGAAUGACUGAAAUCGUGUGUAUGAAAGCACUUUGAGGAAAAGUAUCAGAUGUACUAUAACUGUAAGGUUGUGUUAGUGAUGUCUUUUGGCAGUGAAACCAGUUGGCUACAUGCUGACGGACACACAGACUCUGCCUGUGGGGGCCCUGACACUGCGGACCCCCUGCCGUGUCCCCUCUGUGCUGUGGCCUUUGUAAACAUGAAGCCUGCAGGUACAGUAAGUAUUUCACUAAAGCUGUAGCUCAGUGCGAAUAACCCCAGAAAACGAGGGACCAACGUUCUUGUUUAAUCAUAAGCACUAAAAAUAGCAAUGGGUCCUCACUCCAGAACAGGGAGCUCUUGCAGGGACCUCGACUCCCGGAGGCGGCCCUCCUGGUCCCGAGCACCUGUCCACGGCAGGUCCGUCAUCGAGCGCCCCGGAUGUGGCGGGAGCGGACACAUACCUGUUGAUGUGGACAGUGUCCUUUUUCACCUGUGUCCUGCGUGGGGUGCCCUGUUGUUUUUGAGGGGCAGGGGGCGAGAGGAGGAGAUCGGACGGCUGCAGAUCCAGUGCGUGUUGGAAGUUACUUGUAGGAUUUCCUGCUAGUUGUAAAUGAGUUUGACAUUCAUCAACCACGCGUACCUUUUUCCUAAGAGGAGUGGCUAGCGGAGCUCCCUGCGAGACUGUGAAAUGCCCGGGAGUAAACUGCGUUGGCGGCCGCUCUGUGUUCAGCUGCGCUGCCUUCGGACGUCUCCCGCCCCUUCCACUUAUGCUACUGGGUGUCGUCACCACGGCCAGGCUCUGCCCCCACCCUGCGGGAGCUCACAUUGGGCUGCGGGGUUGUCUGCAGCUUCUUUCCCGAAGGCUUCUGGGUUCACUCGUGCUUGCAUUAACUUGGGGCCCGCCUCUGCCCUCAGCACUCAUGACCCGUCCUCUUCAUGUAGCUGGGUCUCCAGGCAUGCAUUCCUUACGUGUUUGUGAAUGCUCUCCAGCUGUCUGCAUCUCUGUCUCAGUGUCUGUCGAGCCAGGACCCCCGUUCUCUUGUAAAUGCCUGACUCAGUUUGAGAUAUGUGGGCGCGGGAGGGACGGCGGAAAGGCAGCCCCAAGGGCCCCUGGCGACCCAGGGGAAUUGCUGCUAGCCCUCGCCUAGUCGGGAGGCAGGCCUUGGCUGGUUCUAAACCCUGUUCCACUGGUGACAGGAUAGGUGUGUUUUUGGGGGAGAGUCAGUUCUGCAAUUUCCAGACUUUGAAAAACAACAACAAAAACUAAUGUAAGGCUUGCUUUUUUAAGCAGGCCAGUGGUGCCUGGAGUAACAAUUACAGGUACCUGCCCUGUUACCGCCCGCCCCCACCUGCCCGCCUGCAUCACUGGGAGGUGUGGGUGGGUCUCAGGGCUGCACCCUGCUCCAGAGCAGCCCCCCAGGGACUCGCUUAGCACCAGCCUGUCUUGUGUGAAGUUUACUGCCCUGUCCAGAAAGAUGAGUCUGUGCUCUGGUUCUGCUGCUUUUCAUGCCACCAGCCGAGGUGCAUGUUCUGUCUUGAGAUACUGUGUACAGAGUGAUGUGACUCAGUGUCCUAGACCCAAGGCGCAGGACCCUGGGAGAGGCCGCACGCUGUGACGACCAGGGUGAGCAGAUCCCGCGCUUCUCCCCCGGGGAGGAGGCCUGGGCCGGUCAUCUGGCUUCCAGGCUGGCUUGUGAGGGGCAGCGGUCACUCCUAGGGGGCGUGCCUGCAGAGAUGGGUCUGUGUGUUGUAGAGAAGACUCGUCGGCUGGGUUGGUGGGGCGUGUUGUUGACCCAGAACUGGCAAAGAGGAGCGUGAUGGGAGGCAGAAGCUCAGAGCCCCGUCAGUGAGAACAUGGGGGUCCCCGGGGCGGGGGGCGCUGACCUGGCCGACCGCUGCACUUCCCUCCAUCCUGCCUGGUGAGCGGGGGCAGGGUGCGUAACUGGACCCUUCCCUUCCUCCUAGUGCGCGCCCUUCCUUGCUCCUGUGUACAAGUUAAAUCUGAAAUUGUUUACGUCUCAGAAGAAAUGUAGCCUUUGACCUACUCAUUGCUGAGCGACCCGCGCACAGGAGGGGGGCCCCGUUAACCCGCGGUCACGGACGGUGGGGGAGCCGGUCGCCACACCUGCAGACCCUCCGAGCAAAAGGACGUCUCCUUGCGGGUUGAAAGGCCAGGCCCAGCCCCAGCCCCUGCCCUGGCCUCAGACACCCUGCACACACCCUCUUGUGUCUGUCCUUGUUGGUCACUGCACUGGAAGCAGCACAUUUCUGGGCCCUACAUGUCACUCCGAGCUGCUGAGCUGCACACACAGGGCUUGAUGUGCUGGGCACGGGCUGUCAACGCCAGCAGGCUCCAGGGAAGGAAGGAGGUUGGUGGGGUCGGAGUUGUUUCGAUCGGCUUCGGAGCCUUAAGACAGAUUGAAGUCAUGGAUUUCAGCACCAUAAGGUUUAGUUGGAAAAUGGGACUGCUGGUUAAUGAAGUGCUCAUAUAUAAGGGUAAUUUUCAGCAAUUAUAACAGUAGCACAGGUAUGCCAAGUGGGCUCCUGAUUCAGAGGGCCGUGAGGACGCAGCGUUGCUGCCCGGUCACCGGUGCCCAGUCCCAAACCCUGUGCGCGUGGUUCAGCGGCACCUCCGCGUGGCCGCGAGUGGCAGGGGCGCCCAGGGAUGUUUCUGGCAGCAAGGGGCGGAUAAGCCCGCCUUCCUCUCUUUUGACGAGCUACUUUUCACUGUGGCCACUGCUUUUGGAACUCCAUCAGGAGAGGAGUUUCCCGAGACCUCGAGAAAGCACCUCGACUAGGCUGUCUGUCCUCCAGAGACGCGAGUGCUCAGAAGCUGGCAAGGACAACGCGGUCCUCACCUUGUAGUGACUGAGCGCGCCCGUGUGGAAACCCUCCCCGCGGUCCGCAGAGAGGGGACACGGGCUGCCCACGGUCCACACGCACCCUGGCGCCGUGCCCACCAAGACAGGUGGGGGUGGGUGAGGGGCGUCGUCCUCUGUGGUUGGUGGCACGAGCUGUGCCCUGGCCGGCGUGUGUGCCGUGCUCAGACCCCCGAGUCCUGGGGGGAGCCCCCUUUCCUCCUCUGCGGUCGGGUGCCCGAACGCCUGUCGGUGGAGGGGCCCUGGCAUCACGUUCGCUUGGCAAGAAUGAGUUGGACCAGGUGCUGGUGGAGGACAGAAUCUUGUCCGGGACGCAGGCUUCAGAGUCGUAACGCUCACCCCACGCUCCGCCCCAGGCCGCGCUCUGCCCGUGGGCAUGGUGGCGCCCAGAGGGGGGGGGUCUGGGACCUGGCGCCGGUGGGCGGGGAGGGACGCAGCGAAGCAGCAGGGGGCUCAACUGAAAGAAAACACCUCUCGGGGGUCACGCUGCCGCUGGGGUCAGGUGUUUGUUCUUAAUUGUCAUUGUAAUCUGUUUUCAGGUGUUCCGUUUCCUAAUUUAAUUCACCUGUUGUCUGACUGUGAACUGCUAACAGUGUUAAACUUGAUGUAAAUAAACGAGGCCCUUGAAAGGGG